AUGUUCCCUAUACUUCAGAAUGCCUUUCUUUCCGUGACGAAGGGCACCUCUGAGCCGGCCAAGCUCCACGAGAUCCACUACAACGGCGGAUCCAGCGAUACACAACCCAUCCUCCUCGUUGGGAAGGGCGUUACCUUCGAUACGGGUGGAAUUUCGCUCAAGCCUUCAGCAGGGAUGAAGCUAAUGCGUGGCGACAUGGGCGGCGCUGCGGCGGUCUGCUCCGCGGCGCUCGCCGUCGCACAGCUCGGGCUUCCAAUCAACCUCAAGGUGCUGACGCCGCUCUGCGAGAACAUGCCCGGGCCGAGCGCGAACAAGCCGGGAGACAUUGUCUAUGCGAUGAAUGGCAAGUCGGUCGAGAUCGACAACACGGACGCCGAGGGUCGGCUUGUGCUCGCAGAUGCACUGUACUACGGGUCAACGACGUUCAAGCCGCACACGAUUGUGCACGUCGCAUCGCUAACAGGAGGGAUGAGCGUCGCACUAGGCGAAGCCUUCACCGGUGUAUACACAAACUCGGACAGCCUCUGGCAGGAGCUGGACAGCGCCGGAGCACGUGAACACGACCGGUUCUGGCGAAUGCCGCUCGACGACGAGUACGGACCGCAAAUCCACUCGUCGAGCGCUGAUCUAUGCAACAUCGGCGGCAGGGCUGCGAUAAGCUGCACGGAUGCGCUUUUCCUGAAGGCAUUCGUGGACGGUGUCGAGCCUGGUAAGGAUGGCGCGACGGCUGUGGUGCGGUGGGCACAUCUCGAUAUCGCGGGGACAAUGGAGACAACCCGAGGAUAUGCGUACCAAGACAAGGGGCUGACGGGUUGCCCUACGCGUGCUUUGAUCGAGAUUAUGAAGGCGACUGCACCAUAG